UGGUCUGGCAUUUCCUCUUGCUGCAAUGAAUUAUCAGUGCUAGAUAUUCAGCUAACCGUCCGUGAGCAGCUUCUUGGUGGUGGUGUAGAUCCCAUGUCGUAGUGGAGAGGGAGAAACGAGUUUCGGGAGGUCAGCUGAAGCCAACGCGAUGUCGGCAGGGCCACCGAGACGUCCACCACCGAUCAUCUUCGGAGGCCCCAAUGCACCACCCAGGCGGCCAAGAAGGAAACCCAAUGGUGGUCCAGAUGUGGGCGGCCUGGCAUUACAGCAGCCACAGCGCCAGCAGCAGCAGGCGAUCCCGGGCGGAAUAUCCAUGGCUCAUCCCCUGCAAUCGCCCGUGAACUUUCCUGACGGCACGCCGGUUGCAUCCCCCAGCACUGCAGCCACCAAUUUCCCCACUUCAAGCAGUGGAGUUACGAUUCGUGAAAAGCAGAUAAACCCACCCAUGAUCUCUGAUCUGCCAUUGGGACGCCUCACCAUUCGUGGAAAGCAUUUCGACCAGUGCACUCCGGCCGACCUAGCAGAUGAUGGCCUGCUUGGCGAAGGCAGCUACGGAGUGGUGACGUGCAAGAGACACAAACAAUCCGACACACGCAUGGCUGUCAAGCGUAUCCACUAUACGGUGGAUGAGCGUGAGCAGCGUCGUCUGCUCAUGGAUCUGGAUGUUGUCAAGAAGAGUACUGAGUGUCCAUACAUAGUGCAGUUCUAUGGGUGCCUGUUUGCAGAGGGAGACGUGUGGAUAUGCAUGGAACUGAUGGGUACGUCGAUGGACAAGUGGAUCACAUACAUCUUCAAGGACCUGCAGUCGUCCAUUCCCGAGAAUAUCCUCGGUAAGAUUGGACGCAGCGUGGUUCUUGCCCUGGACUAUCUCAAGGAACAAAUCAAGAUUAUCCACCGGGAUGUGAAACCCAGCAAUAUCUUGGUGGAUCGGGAAGGCCAUGUGAAGCUGUGUGAUUUCGGAAUCAGCGGCUAUCUGGUCGACUCGAUUGCCAUCACCAAGGAUGUCGGCUGCCGACCGUACAUGGCGCCGGAGCGGAUAUGCCCACAGGAGGCUAGGGAUGGCACUAAGGGUGGAUACGACAUCCGCUCCGACGUCUGGAGUCUUGGCAUCACUCUGCUGGAGAUGGCACUGGGCCGCUUCCCUUAUCGGCCGUGGGACAGUGUGUUUGAGCAGCUGGACGAAGUAGUUAACGGUGCCGCUCCACGACUUGACAAUCACGACAAGAAGUGGAGUGAGGAGAUGGUGGACUUUGUUGCUGUCUGCCUAACCAAGAACUACGAAGAUCGACCCAAGUACAGAGAGGGCCUUCUGGCUCACCCAUGGCUAGUUCGCUUUGCCACUGAGGACGUCGACACGACCAGCUACUUCACGGAGCAGGCGCUUCGCCUGCAGUCGUGCGGAAUCUCCAUUGCCAGCUGAGACCAGCCGGUCAGUUCCGUGUGCAUCUUCACAGUCGGUCUGCAAUGUACUAAUCUGCUACUCGGGAUAUUCUUCGUUUUCCUGCACUCGUCCAGCACUCGUCUGUGCACGCAAUCUAUGUACUAGUACAUGUUACACUCUCCUAGUGGCCGCCAGUAGCUGGUGUACCCACAGUCUGAACCUCUUGUCAGUUGGCAACGUUUGCUCUGCCCCGUCAACGCUGUCUUGAUGUGCUCUCGUUCGUUCGUCCUCUCUAUCCGUACUUCUUCAUCGUCGCCCACGGCUGAUUGUGUCUGUAUGGCUGUCGUCCUGCCGUGUAUGUCAUGCCAUGCUGUGCUGGCUGCAUGGUGUGACUGGUGUUCAUGGCAUCACGGAAAGUAGUUUGCGUGGUAGUUCCUCUGCAGACCCCGGCACACCAACCAGCAUCGUAGUCCGUAGUCUGUCCGUUUCACCGUCAUGUUACGUAUCAGCACGUCGUUCUGUAGGCCUACUGCUGGUGAUGACCUAGCAACAUGCCAUGCCAAUGUGCGCGGGAGAGAGCCCAUCUCCAGGAUCUGUGCAUGAUAACAAUGUGCAGGCGGCUCAACGGGACUUCCUCUGUCUCAGCAGCGGUGGUGGCAUGGCAAAAAGCAGCAGCAGCAUUGGGUUGCGCCGUGAAAUACUAUGACCGCACUGUCCGUUUCUGUCCGCCUUGCUCGUCGGUGCUCUGUUGUCGUAUCGUCUCGCUGUGUCCGUAUCUCUCUUCUACUACACUCGCACCUUGUAGCUGGUGGUCAUGUUUCAUAUAUUCUCACCUGACCACGUUUCCACUGUUAUCGAACUGUCCGUAUCUGCCACUGUAUCGCAUAGACCGUCCGCACUUGCUCUGCAGCAGCUAAGUCGCUUUUAUUUCCGCCGCCGCUGCUGCUGCCUCGUUGCUGCACGCACGCACGCGCGCAUUUCUCGUCUCUCGUUCCGAUCACCGCCGUCUCGUCAAGCCGUUCCUAGCGGCUCGGGCUCUGUCGUCGUACGUCAUUUGAAAAACCCGUUUCAUUGUCUUGUGGAAACUCUUGUGCCGGUAUUUUCUGCCUCCCACCACUUUACCGUUCUGUAUGUUCACAUUUUAUCCCGGAAUUCCCCCCGGCGAGCACCUUUCGGUUGCUACUGGGACAGCAUAGCAAUGUAAUCUUCUGCAUUAUAAACAGGGCUUUCAGCAUAUUUUAUCCUAUAGAACCUUUUUCCCCGUCUAACUUCUCCACGUCCCACUUCCCGACCAUGCUCUUGCCUCUCCCCCUCCAGCCGCCGCUUACGUGCCUUCUUUCUCGUUCACUCCAGUCUGUCCGUCGUCCACUCGGCACACCUUCCUUUGCAGUGCAACAUAGCCUUUACUCUAUUCAUCUACAUCCUGCUGUCUAGUUUUUUUCCUCGUUUCGACCCCAGUGUUUUUCGUCAAGUUUUGCCCCCAUUUCCCAUUUUGAUGCAAGUCCACUGCUGCUGGUCUUGUCAUGUCACACAGCUAUUGCCUGGCUGACUGUGUUUGUCUGCAUGAGUUGCCUGGUGACCGUGACAGUCGUGUCCUUGCUGUGCAGUGUGCACCCCUUACCCACCCACCUACCACACUCGUGAUUGUUUCGAACUUUCGAUUUAUCUUCUCUAUUUUCCCCGGUUGUAAACGCAUCCUGCCGUUUGCCGUGUUUCUCUGCACGCGUUAAUUGUGAGUGUCCUAUUAUUCCUGGCUA